GUCAUAACUGUCAGAGGAGCUGUCAGGAAGUGGAGCCGCCGAGCAAACUUUGCUGUGCCUGAUUUCUCAAGUGAAGAAAAGUUGUGUCUCCGUGUCGGUUCGGCAGUUUGUCGGGUCCCUGAUCAGAGAUGACGUUGCAAUGGACGGUUGUGGCCCUCUUCCUCUAUGUGGAGAUAGGUGUCCUUGUCAUCCUCUGUAUACCGUUCAUCUCUGCCAGGAGGUGGCAGAGUAUUUUCCAGCUGAGGAUCUGGGGAUUCAUGGCGAGGUUCUGGAACAAAGUGUUUCUAACGAUGAUAAUAAUACUUAUUGUUCUCUUCCUCGAUGCUGUCCGUGAAGUGAGAAAGUAUUCAUCUAAAGAACAUGGCACAGAUGCCAAGCUGCAACCAAACAUGCAUGACCACCUACACAUGAAGCUUUUCAGAGCCCAGAGGAACCUCUACAUCUCUGGCUUUGCUGUCUUGCUCUGGCUGGUUAUGAAGCGAGUGAUCACCCUGAUUAACCAGCUGGCAACAGUGUCUGGAACUACGGCUGCUCUUCAGGCGCAGGCCGACACCGCUAACCGGGCUGCCAAGAAAUACAUGGAGGACAAUGAGCUGCUGAAACAGACUCUGAUGGGAGGAAAGGGUGAUGAGGCUACUUCAGCGGGCAUGGAUUUGUUGAAAAAGGAGCUUGAGAAACUGAAAGAGGAAUUGAAGACCGCAAGAGAUGCUCUGAAGAAUUCCCAGUCAGAGUCAGAGGUAAUGAAGAAACAGACGGACGGGCUUGCCAGGGAGUACGACAGACUGUUGAAGGAACAUCAGGAGCUCCAGAAUCUUCAAGAUAGUGGAAACAAGAAGGAUGACUAGUUAUUUUAAAAGGUUUAAGAGUUUAUGCAUCAUUUUAGCCCAGUCACGAGCGAGCCACCACAGCACGCUUCACAUUCAUACAACACCUCGUGUCACAAUGCACGUCACAGGAGCAGGAUUGGCUCCUUGUAAGUACAGACUCUUGGCAGAUAUCAGUAAUGGUUUUAAAGCUUGAAAGCUUUUAUUAGGGCACCAGGCUGGCUUAAAAGUGGAUGAGUGUUUAAAUAUAUAUAUAUAUAUAUUUAAAAGCUUCCUGUAUGACUAAGAGAAGAAUUGUUUUUUUUUUUUUACCUUGACACUCUAUCAGACAGAUUCAUUGGGUAAGGUUAUUGGAAAGAAUCAAAUGAGUAACUGACCCAAGUCUGAAGAUUACUGAGCACUGUAAUCACUGUGUGUUAAAGUCACUUUUAUUUGCUUUAAGGUGAAAUUUCUGUCAGGCCAGUACACAGAUGUAAGAUCUGUCAGUAGCUGCAGCACAAUAUUACUGGUAAACCACUGAAUGUAUUUUGAUACUUAAGAUUUACUUCUUUAUUUCUGUAUGUAGCCGGGAGACCUCCUGCAUCCCCUUUGAGCUUAUCACAGAAAGUAAAUUAUGUCUGUUGCUCUGCAAAUGUAGUUUGCAUGUACAGUUGUGUUUAGAAAGAACAACAUGACAUGUUUAUGUUGUAUUCCAGCCAAUUCUGUGUACUUUUUUAACCUGAGGGGAUUGUAACAGUUGCAAAACAUCCAUAUUUUUUUCCCUUUUUCUUCGUUCAUUUUACUUUCUGUGUUGAGGAUCAUUUUCUGUGACACACCUGUCGAUAUACUUGAAACAGAAUUUCUACAGGAGGACAAAAUCAUUUGAAUUUAAAUUUAAUUUCACCAUUUGUGAUCUUAUUUCAGUCUUAAAUCAGAUAUAUUCAUGUUUCUGGGCCACAGACGGUCCCGAUACUUGCACUGUGUUUCAAGUGUUUACAUUUUGGUUUGAGGCACCAGUUGCACUGAGGGUCGCUCUGUAUGGUUUUCCUUGUAUUUCUGUUUUCCACACAGUUUCAUGUGACUAAGAGGAUCUGAGAUUAUUAUCAUAGGACGCAUCAAUGUUUCCCACGUUUUUCAUGCUAAAGUGAUUAUUGCAUGAGGUUUUUCACUUUCUUUUCGGGUUAUGAAACUGCAAACAUGCUUUGGAAGUGAGAUUCUUAUAUAUUUGUUGUAGACAUGAAUCAGAAGGAAGUGCCUUGCAGGUGGAUGCAAUAGAUUGUGUUUAAUAAAGACAUGUUUCUUUA